GGGCCGGCGCCGGGGCCGCCGUGGGCGCCGCGCUCCCGCCGCUCGCUGUCGGGCCCGCGGGCCCCGCGCCGGGCUCAGGAUGCCGCUGGGGCUGAAGCCCACCUGCAGCGUGUGCCGCAGCACGUCCUCUUCCAUGUGGAAGAAGGGCGGGCAGGGCGAGAUCCUGUGCAACAACUGCACGGCCCGCUCGGCGCCGCCGCCCCCCGCCGCCUUCGCCACCACCUCGGCCGCCGCCCAGCACAGCAACGGCGGCGGCGGCGGAGGCGGCGGCGGCGGGAAGCAGAGCAAGCAGGAGAUCCACCGCCGCUCCGCGCGGCUCAGGAACACCAAGUACAAGUCCGCGCCCGCCGCGGAGAAGAAGGUUUCCACGAAGGGCAAGGGCAGGAGGCACAUCUUCAAGCUAAAAAACCCCAUCAAGGCUCCUGAGUCUGUAUCCACUAUAAUUACAGCAGAAUCAAUCUUUUAUAAGGGCGUCUACUACCAAAUUGGAGACGUCGUUUCGGUGGUCGACGAGCAGGAUGGAAGAACAUACUACGCUCAGAUCCGUGGUUUUAUUCAGGACCAAUACUGUGAAAAGAGUGCGGCACUAACCUGGCUCAUUCCUACACAAGCCAGCCCCAAAGACUGUUUUGACCCAGCAUCCUAUAUCAUUGGACCAGAAGAAGAUCUCCCAAGGAAAAUGGAAUAUUUAGAAUUCGUUUGUCAUGCACCUUCAGAAUAUUUCAAAUCUCGAUCAUCUCCCUUCCCUACUGUUCCUACAAGGCCAGAGAAGGGCUAUAUAUGGACUCAUGUGGGACCUACGCCUGCAAUUUCCAUUAAAGAAACUGUAGCAAAUAAUUUAUAAUUUUUUUAAGGAAUACUUUGGACUAGUUAUUUUGGGUGUAUCCUCCAGUUUGUAAACCCCAUACAAGAAGUUUUAAAAAUUUUGAAAUGUGCCGGUUUACUUUAUGGAUUAUGGUAUUUAUUUAUUUUAGAUAUAUCGGGUCUUUGAAGUGGAAGUUUUCAUUCCAGUUGAUGCAUCAUUUCAGUGCUCUGUUCUUCAGACAUUAUUGCAAAUCUUGGGACAAAACCACAAGUUUCAGCAGUCGUCUUUGACUCCUGAAAGUUGCCUUUUUAAGUUAUCUUCCAGAAGAGGAGUUUAAAAGACAUAAUCAUCCAGGAUUUUAUAUAACUGUUUAAUUUAGUUAACUGUGACUGCUGGUUUUAUUUCCUUGUUAAAUAAUUUAACUCUGGCUUCUCCUAAAUACUAAAAUGGUCAGUGAUGCAGUUAACAGUUUUCUGUUGUAUGGAGAGGAGUGUUCUACCUCAAUUUCUCCAGACUAAAACCUCAUCCUCAAAGAGGGACUCCAACAGUCACCUUUUAAGGGAAUUUUGUUCAUCUAAUUCUGAAAUGGGGGCCUCUGUAUGUUGCUUUCUGCUAAACUUACUUAUAUAAUGGCAUAAAUUUCCUGAAAAAUUGGAAGCAGAUUCAAAAAGUAGUGUUAUUUGCCAGCCUGGCAUCCUCAGGGCAGACAUGUAUCUGCAUUUACUGAGCAAGCCAACACUGACAUAUGAUUUGAGUUUCAGAGUGUUAAUAUUUGUUUGCUUGUUAACUUGGACUCAUAAAAUUGAUUUUAAAUUGUUUUUCAGUCCUCAAAUUAAUGAUGGUAAGGAAAAAAAAAAUGGUCAGGCAAUUCAAAUAGAAAAAAAAAUCGGAGCGGGAAAUAAAAACUAAUUUUAUGUAUUGACAGUCUCAGCGUAACAAGAAAAAUGUUUAAAUAGCAGAACAUGAGAAAUGCCACAUACUAAAAUACCAAUGGAUUUUUCUGCUCUAAACUUUUUACAAGCCAGUCAGCUCUAAACACAAUGAAAUGUGCUUGUAUGGCCUGAAUUCCAGGGGCUUAGUGGUUCCUGCUGCCUGUGAAGGGUAAGUGCUGUAAGUGCCCUUAAAUUUAAAUGUGCUGAUCUUUUCUGGUGGUUUUGGUUUUUUUUUCCUUUGUAUGAACAUAUGUGACCAGCACCCAGAACGCCCAAAUCACCUUUAAGAUAUUGUAUGAAAGCAUAAAAAUGUUGCACUAGGCUUAUGCUGAACUUUAUGAAAAAAUUAACUUUAUGAAAGACUUUAAUUUAAGACAUAGCAUAUUUGAAAGUCUCAGGUAUUGACAACUUUGCAUACAGUGGGACCUGUGAGGGCAGGAACCAGAUAGAUUUGUUUUGGCCUGCAGCCUCUCUUCUGCCCUCUUCAAAUACAAGGAAGAUCAGUCAUCCUUAAGGGAGUAGAUCUAAAGUUGUGAUACUGUCAAUAAUUCAGAAUGCUCAGAAGUUAGCAAUAUACUGCUAAUACAGAGUUAAAUCUUAAUCCUCAGUUGUUUACAAAGAUGAGAUGUGUGCCCAUGUUCAAUAUCUUGCAGUAAUUAAUCCUGAGAUGACCUCACUUCUCUCUAUUCUCUCCUUUCAAUUCCUCUGGAUUUUUUUUUUUUCUUAUUUCUUUAUUAACAGUUACAAGAAAAUAAAAAUAACAAGUCUUAAUUUACAGUAACCAGCGUGACUCCCUUGACUCAGAUGUUUUCCUUCCUUUCUCUGCAGUCCACAGUUUUCACUUGGGCUCACUCUAAAGUCUCCUUGCUGCCUCAGCAUAAUCCAUGGACCUGUCCUCUUCUGUGGGAUGUUUCACCUUAUCUGAAUUAUCAGGGGUGGAAAAGCCUUUCAUGGUCAUUGAGUCCAAUAAAGCUUAGCUGCUUUUCUUGUCAAAUCCUCAUAGGAAUAAGGAGGAAAACAAUGCUUACAUUGUUUUGGUUUUUUGAGUUCCUACAAGGUAUACCAAAUGAAAAGUACUUUUUGCCAUUUACCUUAUUUGUCAGUAAAUUGUAAUAUGAAAGGGACAACUCAUUUUUCAUCAGAAUACACCUUUCUAAAAUUCAGUGCUGCUAGUGGUUCAAGUAGUAUACUUCCCACUACAGUCUAAACAGACAAAAGUAUCUUUUUUUCAGAGACCUAUGGAACAACAUCCUUUAGUAAACACUAGGUAUUUCUAUUAUACUGGGAAAUAUUAAAAAUAAUAAAAUGAGCAAGAAUUGUG